UCUUCAUUAUUUUCAUUCUUAAAUAGUUUGAAGAAAAUGGUUUUUACUUUACUGCUUGAGCCGACGCGAGGAGAUCGAAAGACGGAAACUCAGCAUGGCUGAUGGAGAUCUACCGUCAGGCUGGCAAAAGAAACAGAGUCGGAGUAGUGGGAGAGAUUAUUACUUAAACAUCUACACAAAAGAGAGCCAGUGGGAACUGCCGACAGAGCCGGCAGAACGUAAUAGAGCUGAGGAGGUUCAGUGUUCUCACCUACUAGUCAAACACAAUGAAUCCCGUCGACCACAAAACUACAAAGGAGAAAAGAUAACGAGAAAUAAGGAGGAAGCACUGGCACUUUUACAAGGUUACAUGACCAAAAUUCAAAUGGGUAAGGCCAGCUUUGCAGAGAUGGCUAGACAAUACAGUGAUUGCAGCUCUGCAACAAAAGGAGGAGACUUGGGACCAUUUGGACGUGGUGCUAUGCAAAAACCAUUUGAAGAAGUCUCUUUUUCACUGAAGGUUGGAGAGAUGUCUAAGCCUGUGUGGACUGAUUCUGGAGUACACAUUAUUCUCAGAACAGCUUGAUUUGUAUGUGGAUGAUAUUUGAAAAGGGAGAUUCCAAAUUUUUAAAAAUCUCUUUUUUACCUUCCCUCGUUAUUGUGUAUCUAAACUACACUAAGUUCCCAUUUGCUUUUAUAGGUUUUAAAUAACAGCUUACUGAAAUGCAAGAUUCAGUUGUUGGCUGUAAGAUUUGAUGUUUAGUUAUUUCAAUUCUUAAAAAUCUGUUUCUUAGUUGUUUCACUUUGCAUGAAAAAAUUAUUUAAAUGUGGAGCUAAAUCAAAUCCAGUCAAGGAGAGCAUUUCUUGGGUUAUUAAACUUAAUGUAUCAUUGCUCUCUGUGCUUUUUUUGUUUCAUGUUGUGUGGAUAAUAUAGAUGUCUUUUUAAAACUUCAUGAAUAAUAUUAUGGAUAAAUUUCAAAACAUCAACAAGGUCUCUUUACAAGUCGUAUUUUAAAAACUUUUCCCUCUACUUCUAGCAUGAUGGAAAAGAUAAACUAAAACUUGUUGAAUGCUAGGAUGUGACAUAUUGCUUAAGAAUAACAUCAACACAAAGACCAAACAGAGACUGUCAUAGAGUAGCCAGCUAUCAAUAGUAAAAUAAAUUGUGAGUGAGUUUUGCAGCAAGGAAAUCAAACAUUGCAAGUAGAUGCAAUGAAGCUGUAAAGGUGUAAAUAUGAACAGAAGCAUGCAAACACACAUGCAUGAAUAUGCCACACAGGCACAUUUUGAGGCGACAAAAAAUUUACAACCGCAUCACUAAAUAAAACACCUGUAAAUGCAUUUUAGGUUGGUUUUUCUUUUAUUUGAAUGAAAUGGACCACUUUCUAACAUAGUGCACAUGACCCUGCUCAGGUGUCAGUUCUUUUCUAUCACUCACAGGCUUGCAAAGUUUUCGUGACAACUUUGCAUCUCCUAAAUAUAAAAAAAAAAUAAAUACAUGAAAGAAAUUUAAAGCUCAUGACCUUACUUGUAAACUAGCUUUAAACAUAGUUUUUACAAAGCAAGUCUUUUAAAGAACUGUACAAGAUCUAAAGCAAACUUAGGUUACAAAUUGGAAAGUGUAAAAUUUCAUAGAGAUCAUUUUAGUCAGGCUGACAGUCAACUGUCAGCUCACACCAUGCAUUUGCAGCCCAGAAGUGGGCCCUAAAAUAUACACCUGUCAGCAAUCAUAUCUUUCAAGUUUUCAGAUGUACAUGUUUUUUAAGUGUUAGAUUGAUGGACAUGGUAUGCCAUUGUAGGAUUUAUCAGAAAUCGAAUUAAAGGUCUAAAUUUUGGCUUGGUUUUGUCAAAGUGAUGAAAAGUUAGCUUUGUAGUUCACAAAAUAAAAGUGAUGGACUGGAUACUCUUUUACCUGCAAUUUCAGUCACAGUUUAGGUCUCUUAAGAUCCCUCCAUCCACUACUUUUAUGUAUUUAGUCUGUUAUAAAGGGAAAAGUUUCAGCAAUGUCUUACUCCCUCCCACCCCAGGAAUGAAAUGUUAAAUGUGUGGAACAAGCAAAAAAAAACUGAUGGCAUUGAUGUUUUCAGCCUUUACCAUGGCAUGAGUCUACUGGAAGCACUCCAGUUAUGUAAACGAGAAAGACUUUGAAUAUUUGAGUGAGGUUUAGAAUUAAUUUUUGAAAAAGCAGGUAUGAGUAACAAUGUAAUCACAACUGAGUUUUUGUUCUAUUGGUUCAUCUUUACUUUAUGAGAGUCCGAUAACCCAAAUGCAGUUUAUUGUGUGACAUCCAUGCAUAGUUUCACAACACUACUAUGAUCCCACAUAUCAUGAUUAGUAUAUGUUUAUGAACAUAGUGCAAUGUCGAUUGAAAAUAAAGUAUUGUUCAUAUUUCUAAAUUGUGGGUAAUCUUAUGUAAACAUCUUUUAAUUGAAGUUCAAAAUAAUAAUUUAGCUUUGAAUUAAAUGUAAAUUUAUUUUAAAUGUGAAGUUAUUUAAGCCAACUCUAGUAUUAUUAUUCUGCUGUUGAAAAAUUAAAAUGUCAUGCCUUUUUGGAACAUUAGAUAAAGGCUUGCUUGUUUCAUGCAUUAAAAUGUUUGCAAGUU